CAGCAGGGUCCUUUCAGCCGUACAGGGUACGUUGCGAGACAGGAAGAAAAGUUGUAGUUUAGUAAGUGUUAAAUAGUAUUGCUAUCUACCUGCACUUGUUUAAGCUGCAUAAUUCGGACUGGGCAAGUAGCGGCAGUUUUCUGAGAUUGUAAUAUUGAUUUGCUGAACAGAGAAGAACUGUGUUUUUGCCAAAGCUGCUAUGGGAGAUUCUGAAAAAUUUUACUACGUGCACAGCUGUGAUAUGGAUAUAAAUGUCCAGUUAAAAAUAGGAAGUUUAGAAGGAAAGCGAGAACAGAAAAGUUACAAAGCACUGCUGGAAGAUCCUAUGCUGAAAUUUUCGGGACUGUAUCAGGAAACUUGCUCUGAUCUUUAUGUCACCUGCCAAGUAUUUGCAGAGGGAAAGCCUCUGGCGUUGCCUGUUAGGACUUCCUACAAAGCUUUCAGUACCAGAUGGAAUUGGAAUGAGUGGUUGAAGUUGCCAGUAAAGUAUUCCGAUUUGCCAAGGAAUGCCCAGGUUGCUCUUACAAUAUGGGAUAUAUACGGUCCCGGUAAGGCAGUACCAGUUGGAGGAACCACAGUUUCACUUUUUGGAAAAUAUGGCAUGUUUCGUCAAGGAAUGCAUGAUUUAAAAGUAUGGCCAAAUAUAGAAGCAGAUGGUUUGGAAUCCACAAAAACUCCUGGCAGGACAAGCAGCACUAUCUGUGAGGAUAAAAUGAGCCGUCUGGCAAAGAGUGAAAAGCGAAGUUCUAACUUUAUGUACUUGAUGGUUGAAUUUCCUCGUGUCAAAUGUGAUGAUAAGGAGUAUGCCAUUGUUUAUUAUGAAAAGGAUGGUAAUGAAACAUCUUCACUUUUAGCAAGUUCUGAAAUUGUUCGAGUACCAGACCCUCAGAUGUCUAUGGAAAAUUUAGUGGAAAGCAAGCAUCAUAAGCUGGCUCGUAGUUUACGAAGUGGACCAUCAGAUCAUGAUUUGAAGCCAAAUGCUGCUACUCGAGAUCAGCUUAAUAUCAUACUUGGUUAUCCUCCUACAAAGCAGUUAACAUCUGAGGAACAGGACCUGGUUUGGAAAUUUCGGUAUUAUCUUACAAAUCAAGAAAAGGCCCUUACAAAGUUUUUGAAGUGUGUCAACUGGGAUCUACCUCAGGAAGCAAAACAGGCACUGGAGCUGUUAGGGAAAUGGAAACCAAUGGAUGUAGAGGAUGCAUUGGAACUAUUAUCUUCCCAGUUUACAAACCCUUCAGUGCGACGUUACGCUGUUACUAGACUUCAGCAAGCUGAUGAUGAGGAUCUCUUAAUGUACUUGUUACAGCUUGUUCAAGCCUUAAAAUAUGAGAAUUUCAAUGAUAUAAAAAAUGGGUUAGAGCCUAGCAAGAGAGACAGCCAGGGAUCGAUGUCUGAGAGCUUAAUAGGAUCUGUUGCCAAUCCUUCAGAAAUUGACAGUUCUCAGAUAAUAACCAGUCCUCUUGUACCAGUGUCACCCCCACCGCCUUCUAAGGUGAAAGAUGCAGCAGAUAGUGAAAACCUAGAGCAAGAUCUUUGUACUUUCCUAAUAUCGAGAGCAUGUAAAAAUUCCACAUUGGCUAAUUACUUAUAUUGGUAUGUAAUAGUAGAAUGUGAAGAUCCAGAUACUCAACAGAGGGACCCAAAGACCCACGAAAUGUACCUAAAUGUUAUGAGGAGAUUCAGUCAGGCUUUAUUAAAGGGAGAAAAAAAUGUAAGAGUUAUGCGCUCCUUACUGGCUGCUCAGCAGACAUUUGUAGAUCGUCUUGUUCAUCUGAUGAAGGCAGUGCAGAGAGAGAGUGGGAAUCGUAAAAAGAAGAUUGAAAGACUGCAGUCUCUACUUGCUGACAGUGAAAAGGGAAAUCUGUCAGAUAUGGAACCUAUUCCAUUGCCAUUAGAGCCACAGUUUAAAAUCAAAGGAAUUUUCCCAGAAAAGGCAAAUUUAUUUAAGAGUGCUCUUAUGCCUGCAAAAUUAAUCUUUAAGACAGAAGAUGGAGGGAAAUAUCCAGUGAUAUUUAAACAUGGUGAUGAUUUACGACAAGACCAACUUAUUCUACAGAUAAUUUCUCUUAUGGACAAGCUUUUACGGAAAGAGAAUUUGGAUCUGAAGUUGACCCCUUACAAAGUUUUAGCUACUAGUACAAAGCAUGGUUUUAUGCAGUUUAUCCAGUCAGUACCAGUUGCUGAAGUAUUAGCAACGGAAGGAAGCAUACAGAGCUUUUUCAAAAAGCACUUUCCAAGUGACAAGGGGCCCUAUGGAAUAAGCGCUGAAGUUAUGGACACCUAUGUUAAGAGUUGUGCUGGCUAUUGUGUCAUUACAUACAUUCUUGGGGUUGGAGAUCGACAUCUUGAUAACCUGUUACUGACAAAAAAUGGUAAACUGUUUCACAUUGAUUUUGGAUACAUCCUUGGACGUGACCCCAAACCCUUACCACCCCCAAUGAAACUAAGUAAAGAGAUGGUGGAGGGGAUGGGUGGUACACAGAGUGAGCAGUACCAGGAGUUUCGCAAGCAGUGCUAUACUGCGUUUCUGCAUCUGCGCCGGUAUUCCAACUUGAUUUUGAACUUGUUCUCCCUUAUGGUGGAUGCCAACAUUCCUGACAUUGCUCUAGAACCUGACAAGACUGUUAAAAAGGUUCAGGAUAAGUUCCGUUUGGACCUUUCUGAUGAAGAAGCAGUUCAUUACAUGCAGAGCCUAAUUGAUGAAAGUGUCAAUGCACUUUUUGCUGCUAUGGUGGAACAGAUACACAAGUUUGCACAGUACUGGAGGCGAUAGUCUUUUAUGGAAGAUUACAGUAUUGAAAGUUACCAUUUAAAGGAAGAGCUGUUUUUAAAAAUGUAAAACCUGAACUGCAGUCGUUGCCUUCUCAGAACAUCAUGAAGAGUGUUGACCUGUACACUACAAACAGGACUGAGUUCAGUCCCCAAUGGUGCCAUUUUCUGGACAGUGUUUAUGGAACUGCAAUAUUUGGGUUUGGCAUGGGAGAUGAAGCAUCUAAGAGACGUGAACUGACAGACUGAUUGAACAAUGGGUUUCAGUCACAAAUCUAGCUAAGUAUGUGGAUCAUAGCAGCAUUCCUUCCAAAUGUGUAAGAAUUAUAAUUUUUACACCUGAAAUCCAGAUUGAGCUGUUACAGUUCUGUCCUGGAAAAAUAGGCAAAGUGCACAUAGUGAUACUGAUAUGAUUCUGCCAUGUAUAUUUUUAGCAAAUAAAACCAUGUUUGCACUUCAUGUCUGUUUGCCUUCUAAACAAUAAAUUUUAUUAAUUUCA